AUGAUCACAAAUGGGAUGAAAUCGCGUGGAGAAACAUUCUCUGAAGAUAGUAUCAUUGAGAAGGUACUUAGAUCUCUUACUCCUCGGUUUGAUUACAUUAUUGUAGCAAUUGAACAUUCUAAGGAUCUGAGCAUCAUGAGAAUAGAAGAGCUGCAAAUCAGUCUAGAGGUGCAAGAGUUGCAUCUGACUAAAAGAACCUCUGAGAGAGAGUCAAACAAGGAAAGGGAGUCAGAAGAAGAAAACAUAGCUAGAGGAGAUUAUGAUGAUGAACCUGUGUUAUUGAUGGCUUAUAAAUCUGAUGAUGAUGAACCUGUGCGAUUGACGUUUUCUGAUUUUGAAGAGACUCUGAAUAUGAGUCAGAGUCAGAAGAUGACUCUGAAUCUGAAGUCGAGUCUAAUUUUGAAUAUGAAUGAAGAAGACUCUGAAGGCAAGUCUGAUUCUGAAGGUGAAUCUGAUUCUGAUCCAGAUUCUGAUGAUGAUCCAGAAUCUGGAGGUAAUCAAAUCUUUGAAGGUGGAGCCUUUGAAGGUGGUCCAACUUCUGAGGGCGGUCAAGCAUCCGAUAAUGUUCUAGAAUCAGAAGGGGAUUCUAAACAAGUUUAG